ACGAAUCAGAACGACGGGCCAAGCACAUAUACGUGUGGUCUACGGUCUACGGACAAAGCAAACAAUCAAGCAGCGCUUUAGUUUUUCAAUCUUAAACCUCUGAACCCAUUUGCAGGAAGUCACUUAAAGGGGCACCAUUCAAGGAAAAUAUGGUGCCUAGAUGCUCAAUUUCGUCUAAUGAGGUCCAGUUGUUCAAGAGCUUCACUGGGAUUCAACGAAUUGCAGAAACUCGUGCGUUCAAGGCUUGGUUCUUAGAUCAGUUCGGGGUCCUUCAUGAUGGGAAACAACCUUAUCCGGGUGCUAUUUCGACAUUAGAAAAUCUUGCAAACCUUGGUGCCAAGAUGGUGAUAAUUAGUAAUUCAUCAAGACGUGCAUCAACAACCAUAGAUAAAUUGAAGAGCCUUGGAUUUGAUUCUUCUUUGUUCCUUGGGGCUAUCACUAGUGGAGAGCUAACACAUCAGUACCUGCAAAGGAGAGACAAUGCAUGGUUUGCAGCACUGGGAAAGUCUUGUAUUCAUAUGACUUGGAGUGAUAGGGGUGCAAUAUCUCUUGAGGGCCUAGGUUUAAAAGUUGUAGAGAAUGUUGAAGAUGCAGAUUUUGUUCUAGCCCAUGGAACUGAAGCCCUUGGCCUUCCUUCAGGCUCUACAAUUCCUAUGAAACUAGAAGAUCUUGAGAAAAUAUUGGAGAGAUGUGCUGCAAAGAAGAUACCUAUGGUGGUUGCAAAUCCAGAUUAUGUGACAGUUGAAGCUAGAGCUUUGCGUGUAAUGCCUGGUACACUGGCAGCCAAAUAUGAAAAGCUUGGAGGUGAAGUGAAAUGGAUGGGAAAACCAGAUAAGGUAAUCUAUAAAGAAGCCAUGACAAUGGCAGGUGUUGAUGCUUCUGAUUGUAUUGCUGUUGGGGACUCCCUCCACCAUGAUAUAAAAGGUGCAAAUAUAGCUGGAAUUCAUUCAGCAUUUAUCACUGGCGGGAUCCAUGCAACCGAACUUGGUCUGAGCAAUUUUGGAGAAGUUGCAGAUUCAUCUUUUGUCCAAGCCCUUGCAUCUAAAUAUGGUGCUUAUCCAACAUACGUGCUGCCAGCAUUUACAUGGUAGUCUUUUGAUAUUGGUAAUAUUCUCUCUAGUCCAUUUAUGUCAUGAAGAUGGAGUCCUAAUUAGCUCAGGAAUGAAAUAUUGAGAAAUAGGAUCCUCUCUGUGGUUUAAAUGGCACAUUCAUAAUGGAAGGGAGCAUGGAGUCUCUAUGGAUUACCAUAUCCAAGAGAUUUUAUCUAAGAAGGAUGUUUUUUUCUUUCAAUUUUAUCUUUUUACCAGUAGGGGACAAUCGACAAUGUGUAAGUAUUGUUGAUUGCAAAAUCAUAUCAUUUUCCUUCUAACAUAUUUGUGAAUUGCCAAAUCUCUAUUUGAGACAAAUAAUGUGGACAAAGAAAAUGUAGUCAAAUGCUUAAAGCAUGAGCUUGGUGAUGCCUAGGCAAUCAAUUGCUCUAGCUAGGUUCCUAGGGCCUAAUGACUGCACUAUAGUCUGGUUGAAGGCUUUGUGGUAAGUCACCCAUACUUCUGUGCAUAGAUUUUGUACAUUAGUCCUUAAAUAAUAAUAUUAUGCAUUGGUUUUACUA